UCGUUUUAAUUCCGUUCCGCGAGUACGCGGUCGUCUCGAGUGGUCGCAAUCGAUGCAAUCAAUGGUGCGGCCGUUGGUAACGGAGACGAACGACGACGGGUCUCGGCCGCGGGCCACACCAGCCCAGGACCCGUACGCCGUCGACCCCGACGGCUUGUGCGUCGUGCUCUACCCGCCGGACGAAGGGUUUUGGCUGAAGAUCACGUGGCUGCUGGGCUUCGUGGCCUCGUUCGUCCUCGACGGCGUUUGCCUGUCGUUGACGUUGCUGGACGCGCGCGUCGGCAUGACCGGGUCCGUGCCACCAAGGACGCGCACCCUCGAACACGUGGCCACGGUCCUGCUGUUCCGGCACCUGAUCGAACCGCUUUCGUGUGCGUGCAUCAACCACUAUGGAUUUAGAUAUUGCUUAUUCAUCGGAAGCUUAUUGUCAAUCAUGUGGAUUACAUUGUUGUUGCAUUCCACCGGAAACAUAUUUAUUUUCGAAUACUGCCUCGUGUCAGCCAUCAUCGGUGGUAUAGGAAUGGGAGCGAUUAAGACGUCGUUUUCCGUAUUGCUAUCUUCACUGUUCCUCGUCAAUCGUCAGAAUGCUCAUUUGUCUCGCCAUCUAGGAAGUUUCUCUGGCAUGAUGCUAAUCCCACCGUUUACCGAAUACGUGUUAUUGAUGUCGUACGACUGGCGGUCGGCGUUGCACUUUCAUUUGACUUUGAUUUGCUCUUCGUUGGUUUUCUGGUUAUUUGUCGUCACUCCGGUGCCGUUAAAAAUCCAACCCGUUGACGAAGAGCAAUCGACUGAAGACGUAUCGCAGUUCCAAUCGAGAGCCGUUUCAACAGAAAUCCAGAAUACAGAAAACUUCUCCGUUAGUUCUCAAUUCCCAACUAUACGGAAAACAAUUGGCAGAAGAGGGGGGAAAACAUGCAUGCGAAAUCUUAUGAACAUGUUUGAAAAUCGUACAUUGGGUAGUCGACCGAUGUACAGGGACGACAUACUGUUCAACGGCGAUGUCAGAUCAUUGGUGUUGGGUCUUAAAUCAAAUAAAUACUUCGAGUUCCUGAUGUCAACGACUCGGGUUUUCACCAAAGAAGAUUUAAUCGAAGAAAAAUGCGGACGACACAACAUAUCGUGUCCGAUAGCCAUACGUCGAGUACUGCAGUCGAUGUACGACACGUCGAUUUGGUGCAACGAGAAAUUCGUCUUGCUGCUAAUCAGUGAAGCUCUAAUUUAUGCGUCUCGAUUUCUACCAUUCGUUUUCAUUAAAGGUCCAGAAGGUCUAAAGACGUCCGCUGAAGCAAUGAUCAUCCUUAUCGCUGGAUGCCUGGGCUCAUUGAUUGGCCGUAGUAUCGGCUAUUUGUUUCACGAAACUUCAUCGAACGGUGUGGUACCCUUGUAUCACGUUAGCUUAGUGUUGAUAGCCAACGGUCUGUCGUUAUUUCUAUGCACUACCGGAAGCUUCGUCACGAUGUUGCCGUACUUUGGACUUUUUGGAUUCGUAUUUGGGUAUUACGCGUCGUUAAAAAAUGCAGUGAUCUAUUCAAUGUUCCCUUUGCAGAAAUUGAACAACGUGCGUGGAUACAUUUCGGUUGUUCGAGCUUUGUCUUCGUUUUUCGGGAUUCUGAUCGCAUUGGUAAUAUUCCAAAGGAACCUGCUGCCACCGGUCGACAACGAGAACGUAUACAUUUUCGCGGGCAUGCUUAUGACGAUCGGAGGUGUGAGCGUGGGCCUGUUGCGACAAGACAUGGCCGCCGCAGUCGUCGUCCGAUCGUUGGACCACAGUCGCGUCGGUCCGUGUCAUGUCGUGCAGAUAGUCUAAAAUAGAAAAAACCAGAAAUCAGUUCUAUUCAUAUUACGCUAAAACAUAUUGUUGGAUAUUAUGCGUUUUCAAGCUAUAACAAAACAACAAACAUUUAAACUUUUUUGAGACAGGAUCCUAUAUGUGCAUUUAAAUCCCAACAUUUGGACGACAAUCAUCGGA